ACUUCUUUAGUUGAGCUUGGCAGCCAUGGGUUCGUGUGUUGGCAAGAUCUUUAUCCGCCCUUCGAAUCCUGCCGGCGACUCUAUCGUCGUGGUGAAAGACAAGCUUGUCGUCUCCGAAUCACCUCCUCCACUGCUACUCUCUUCCUCUUCUUCUAAUUCACUCUCGGUUUCUUCUCCUUUCGCCUUUUCGAUUUCGAGGAGUAUUACCAAGUCUUUAUUAUCCCAUUCUUCCUCGCGAGUGAAGCCUAGCACGGAGCAAAGGCCAUACACACUGAAACAAAGAAGCCCACAGAGAGAAGUGGCAAGACAUGAAGUUGAAAGGAAGGAGAACAUUCGAUCUCGGAGUCUCUACGGCACUACAAACUGGCAGAGAUGGAAGAAGAAGGAGAUGAGAAUGCUUCGUGUCCACCAAAUCCUGGGCGAGAGCAGAAUCGUCUCAGCAAGGAUUCUUCAACUCGUUGAAGAAGAGCUAAAUAAUCCUCUUAUAUUUUUGGAGUGCUUUAUUUUUCUUUGAUAAAUUAAGGUAUGUGAUUAGUUCUGUGUACUAAAAGUUGUUGUGAAUCAUAAAUGACAUCAACUUUCAGUGUAGAUUCGCUUUUAGUGUCAC